AUGCAAGUGAAUGGACUGCCUGAUGGUGUGUUCUGCAUGCCCCUCUACAUCCCUUACAGCCUGACAGGGAAGUGGCACUUGGGAAGGGACAUCUGCAAGCUCUGGCUAGCCCUGGACUACCUCCUCUGCACAGCUUCAGUGUUCAACAUUGUUCUUAUCAGCUAUGACCGUUUCCUGUCAGUUACCAGAGCUGUGUCUUACAGAGCCCAGCAAGGCAUAGCAUCCAGCCCUGUUGCCAAGAUGGUGGCCAUCUGGGGCCUGGCCUUCCUCCUCUACUGCCCAGCAAUCCUCCUUUGGGAGCAGGUGGCCGGGCACAGCGUGGUGGCAGCGGAUCAGUGCUAUGCUGAGUUCUUUGACAACUGGUACUUCCUCCUGCCUGCAUCCACGCUGGAGUUCUUCGUGCCGCUGCUCCUGGUGACCUACUUCAACCUGCACAUCUUCCACGACAUCCACAGGCGCCAGCGGCACAGCGCCGGCCGGGACCCGCAGCUCCCGAGGAGCAGCAGCAGCCUCCCCUGGAGGCUUUGCCUCUUGCCAAGGCCAGGAGCAUCUUCCCCUCCUCCACUGGAAGCAGAAGACAGCGUUUCUUCCUCCACGAGGCCCAAGAAAGAGCCCUUGGUGGCUGAGAAUUCGUCACCCUCCAGAGGUGGUUCUGUAACCCCCGAGAACGACUUCCCUGCCCCUGGCCGUGCGAGGAGCAGGGCGAAGCUGCGGCGGGACGAGAGAAUGGCCAAGUCCCUGGCAGUCAUUGUCUGCGUCUUUGCCAUCUGCUGGGCCCCAUACACCCUGCUGAUGAUCAUCCGUGGGGCCUGCCAGGGCACCUGUGUCCACAGCUCCCUCUAUGAAAUGACCUUCUGGCUCCUGUGGCUCAACUCCUCUCUGAAUCCCUUUCUCUACCCUCUCUGUCACGUGAAGUUUCGAAUGGCUUUCAGGAAGAUAUUGUGCCCCAAAAAGUUUGCAGCACUGAAAUCAGCCUCCUGUUAG